ACAGUUUUCAAACCUCACAUACUAAUCAGCCCCUAAAUCUUCCCACAGCAAAUUUAUUUUGUAGAGUUAAAGCACGGUCGACCGUAUUCAAUUGAACGUAAUCUUCCUCUGUUUGUCUAUUCAUUCAUUCUUUUGGAAUUCCGAGUCGUCGGGGUUCUUUUUCUCCGGCAAUGACGACGACGCUGGAAACGAUUUCCGAGGCUCUCCACCAGAUAGAUACCAAGAAAGAGAAUCUUAAAAAAGCCUUCGACGAGCUUCAACCUCAUUCCUCUCUCAUCCCCUCAUUCUCUCUCACCUGGUCCGAUCUCGAUUCCCACUUCUCCUCCAUUCAGAAUUCCCUCAACCAGAAAUUUCAAACCCUCAAAACCCUAGAUUUUCCAUCAAACCACCUAUCUUCAUCCCCAAACUCAACCACUCAUCCCUCAGCCGACCCUUCUUCGUCGCCCCUAUCAGUCAAGGAGAAGCGGGCUGACUCGGUUUCGAAUGGUGUUCCGGAUUUCGUGCCGCCUCGGCCGGAAUUGAUAGCUUUCUGCAAGAAGAUGGAUGGUUUGGGGUUAAGGAAGUAUGUGAGCGAGACCACGAAGGAUCGGAAUGAGAUUCGGGUUGAGCUUCCUGGUGCGAUUCGGCUAGCUCCGGACCCGGCUGCGAUGAUUCUUGACGCCAUGGAAGGGUUCUUUAGGCCGAAUGAGAAGAAUAAGGGGGAUAAAGACCUUGAGUUGAGCAGUGUGAGGAGGAGUUGUGUACUGUUGUUGGAAAAGUUAUCGGUGGUUUCUCCCAAUGUGGGAAUUGAAACUAAGGACAAAGCCAAGACUUUGGCUUUGGAGUGGAAAGGGAAGAUGAAUACGGGUGAUGAUGAGAAUCCUUUGGAGUCUUUGGGAUUCUUGCAUUUUGUCUCUGUUUACGGGUUGGUUUCAGAGUUCAACAUGGAUGAACUUGUGGACAAUUUUGUUAUCAUAGCGAGGUACAGGCAAGCUGUUGAUUUGUGCAGAAAAAUUGGCUUGACGGAUAAGGUGGACGAUCUCAUCCAUAAACUUGUAAAAAAGGGCAAACAACUUUUAGCCAUCAAAUUUAUAUUUGAAUAUGAGCUGACUGACAAGUUCCCACCAGUUCCCCUUUUAAAAGACUAUGUGAAAGAAUCCAAGAAAAUUGCUAAGAAAGUUUGCAAAGAAGGAAAAAAUUCUCUCAAAUCGCUGAAUGAGGCCGCAACCAAAGAAAUUAGUGCUUUGAAAUCGGUAAUAAAAGUUAUAGAAGAGCGCAAGCUUGAAUCUGAGUAUCCACAAGAGUUUCAUGAAAAGCGAAUUGAGCAACUGGAGAAACAGAAGGCGAGCAGAACUCGUCCUCCAGCAGCUCCUGCUGCAAACCCUACUCUGCCGCAACAUCAGCUAGCAAGGGAAAAGCAGAAGCAACAAAGUGGAAACAAGCGUCCUCGACCAGAUGGUUCAUUAGGUUCCACAGCAGCCCCAGUGACCUUCAGGGCAGCCAAUUCAACUAUUUCCUCAUAUCAACAAUCUCAUCUACAGCCAACACAUCUGUCGCCAGAUGGCUCCACUUCAUAUGCGAGCUCCUCAGCUGCACUUUAUGGCAUGCCAGGCCUUGUUCCACCACCAGCUGCAUUCGCGGGUUCAUCAGCUGGGACACUCGGGUUGGCAGGGGCACUGAUGGGUUUUACUGGUAGCCCAACUGGAACUAGUUCCCAUUACGCAGCUGAGCCAUAUGUGCCAUCUGGCUAUUAUGACAGGCCAACUUCCCAUGUUGGACAUGAUUUACCACCACAAUACCAUCCGUCUUACUAUCCGCAAUAGCAUUUCAUAGUUUUCUUUCAUUUUUUUAGUAUGUUCUUGGAUGGCAAAAUAGUUUAUGCUAUCUUUAAGACGGUGGUUAUCAGAAAUCACGAGUUCGCCUUUUUGAUCCCCAUAGUCUUAGUUAGCUGCUAGAUUGGGUAAAUAGGAUUUGUGGUUACAUGUGUGAUGUGCACUAUCACAUAUCUAAUUACUUUACCAGUUUUCUAUUGCCAUAAUGUAUUUGUGUCAGUUUUAAUUCUUAUUUACCAUCUUAUGGCGCAUUCAGGAUUAUUUUUUGUGAAAAGGCAUUGUGUAGUUUGCUACUUUCUUGCCAUAUUUGAGCACGUAUGAAUUGGUAGUUGUAGAUGGA